GGGGGCGCUGUGGAGCUCGGUCCGGCUUCCCUUCCUCGCGGAACCCCAGUCGCUCGCCCCACCGGCGCGAUGGGCUCCGAGGUGGCGCAGCUGCUGGAAGCUGCCGACUUCGCGGCUCACAAGCACCGACGGCAGCGGCGGCUGGACCCCGAAGGGACCCCCUACAUCAACCACCCGAUCGGUGUGGCUCGGAUCCUGACCCACGAGGCGGGAAUCACCGACAUUGCGGUGUUACAGGCCGCCCUGCUCCAUGACACGGUGGAGGACACGGACACCACCCUCGAUGAGCUGGAGCUGCACUUCGGGGCGCAGGUGCGGCGGCUGGUGGAGGAGGUGACGGAUGACAAGACGCUGCCGAAGCUGGAGAGGAAGAGGCUGCAGGUGGAGCAUGCGCCCCACAGCAGCCCGGGGGCCAAGCUGGUGAAGCUGGCGGACAAGCUGUACAACCUGAGGGACCUGAAUCGCUGCACCCCAGAGGAAAUACCGGAGCUGGGCCAGAUUUCAAGACAAAUCCUUCCACCAAGCUUUGCAGCGAGUCGGCUGCCAUUCCACGGGCCGUGUUCUGUCCCUUCCCACGCAGGGUGGUCGGAGCAUCGGGUGCAGGAAUACUUCGAGUGGGCGGCGCAGGUGGUGAAAGGGCUGCAGGGCACCAGCCGGCCGCUGGAAGAGGCGCUGCAGCAGCUGUUCAAGGAGCGGGGGCUGGCGCUGUGAGCGGAGCCUGGAGCCUGGAUCCCGGAGCCGUCGGGUGGCGCAGCUUCCAGCCCUGCCGGCCCGGAGGGGACUCAUUCUCCAGCCUCGGGCGCCUCUCCACCCUCCGUGGUUCACUCCGCCCAGCGGCCCAGAGCAUUUGCCCUUUCCCACCCUGAAGGCCUCCUGCCAAGUAAGCUGAGCCUGGACUGUGGGGGCCAGGCGCACCCCGUCCACUUCCGAUGCAUUCACUGCCCUUCAGGCCUUGGGUCCGUUUGCCAUUUGCCAGGUGGGAUCUCCGGUCCCUCCGGCCCCUCGGGCUAUACAGACAUGCGUUGCAGAGUCAUGAUGGAAAAUAAAGCAUUUCGGGUCGA